AUGGCCGCGGCUUGGGAGAACAAGGGAGCGCAGGAGGCCUCUACAGCAGCGCCGGAGCCCCCGCCCGGCUACACAGAGGCUAACCGUGCCACUCACCUUCCUCAGUCGGACUUGGACGCCCGGGAAAUGAGUCCCGGUGUCAGACGCAUCGAAUUGAUUAACACUCAGCUUGGCCGCUAUGGGCGCAUUGCUAUGUUCUUCGGGAUAUGGCUCAUCGCCUAUGUUUAUGGUCUUGAUGGCGGAGUGCGGAAUACGUAUCAGGUACAUACCUCAGCGUUCCCAUCCAAAGCUCGUCCUGCCCCGCGCAACGGCGAGCUAUGCCACUCACAGCCUGCUUUCGACGGUACAGGUGCUGCGGAAUGUGAUUGCGGCUGCGGCGCAGCAAUGACCACGCUAACCUGGAUUGGCCGGACAUUCUGCGCGGGUGCGGUGAUUUAUCAGAUCGGGUACACGGGGAUCAUGUUCCUGGUGGAGGUUCUGAUUGGGGAUACUACAUCGACCCGCUCGCGUCUUCUCUUCUCAUACAUACCUGCCACGCCGUUCAUUAUCAACACCUGGAUCGGUGGAAAUGUGACAGACGCUGUGCUCAAAGUAACAAGCUGGCGCUGGGGAAUUGGAAUGUUUGCCAUCAUCUUCCCUGUCUGCUCGAUCCCCCUCUUCCUCAUCCUGCUAUACGGCCACUCAAAAGCCAAGAAGAUCACGGCGUAUCCGAGCCUGAUCGAAACCCACGGACUCAAGCACUUUCUUCUCGACGUCUUCUGGCGCAUGGAUGUGCUCGGCAUAAUCCUCUUGAUCGCCGUAUUUGCUCUGAUAUUGGUGCCCUUCACCCUUGCUGGCGGCAACGCAGAGCAGUGGAAGCAAGCCAAGAUCAUCGCACCGCUAGUGAUCGGGGUUCUCUGUGUCCCGCUGUGGAUUGUAUGGGAGAGCAAAUGCCGGUAUCCUAUGGUUCCGUUCAAGUUGUUGAAAGAUAGGGCUGUCUAUGGGGCCAUUGGCAUUGCCAUUAUGCUUAAUACCGGAAACUAUCUCUAUACCGUUCUAAUGGUUUCUUUUGAUGAGAGUAACCUCAGCGCAACUCGAAUCUCGUCUUUGUAUAGCUUUGCCUCAGUCAUAACGGGCUGCAUCCUCGGGGCAAUCGUCAUAAAGAUCCGACGUCUGAAACCCUUCAUUGUUGCCGGAACGUUUCUUUUCACAGUUGCCUUUGGAAUCCUCUAUCGCUUUCGGGGAGGCCCCAGCGGGGAUAGUUACGCCGGGAUUGUGGCCGGGGAGGUGGUUCUAGGGAUUGCGGGCGGAAUGUUUCCCUACCCAGCUCAAGCAAGUAUCCAGACGGCGACAAAGCACGAGCACCUCGCAAUAGUAACCGCCCUCUUCCUCUCCUCGUACAACAUCGGCUCCGCACUCGGCGGUUCUAUAUCUGGUGCGAUCUGGUCGCAAACCCUCCUCCCCAACCUUACUCGCCAGCUCGGCGGGAACUCUACGCUUGCAUCGCAGGUGUACGCCGACCCGUUCGCGUUCGCACUGAGCAACCCAGUUGGAACACCAGAUCGCGAUGCCGUUAUUGCCGCGUAUAUGGAUACCCAGCGGCUGCUUUGCAUUACGGGGCUUUGCUUGACAGUGCCCCUUAUUGGAUUUGCUCUUUGUAUCCGCAACCCGCGGUUGAACGAGAAGCAGAGCUUGGAGGAUGCGGAGAAGGAUUAG